GUCACAGGUGCAUGCAUAUAAAAGCUGGACACGCCACCAAAUGCAUUUAGCUAUGUGGUUGCUAUUGUUGCUGGCAAACGGAUGGCAUCUGGCCGAACUGACCGCACUGCGCUGCCCGUCGGAAAAUGCCGCUCCACUGCAGUUCCAUCUGGUGCGUCAGUGCCAGCGUGCCGCUGCGGCUGAGGCACUGGCUUUGGAGAGCACCCCAACGCUGGAGGCUUGCAUGAAAUUGGCGCGCGAGCUGCGUGGCUUGGCCUUUAACUAUGCGCCAGGUGGGCCAGAUCGGCGCACAAAUCGAUUUGAGCAGCAGCCAAGGGAUGCCUACGACAAGGAAGCACGCAAGCGUCUGACAGUUUUUGAGCAGCCGGCGGAGUACUUCAACUGCCAUGUGCUGCAGUGUCCACAGAAUAUCAGCUUUGCAGGCAUGCUGAACGACAGCCGCUUCGAUUACUACAGCUUAUAUGGCAGGCCCACAGCGCUGCACAACAUCAGCUGCGUGCCGCAAGUGGGGCUCUUUGUAUUCUAUACACGACCCGCCGGCUAUCUGAAUGCUUCGCGCAGCUGCAGCCAUGCCAGCGAGUUUAGCGGCAGCCUGGCGCAUGUUGCAUCCGAGGCGCGCACCUAUGCUCUGUCCCGGUGGCUCUUCGAUUAUAAUCAACAACGCGCCGGCGAGCAUCCAGUGCCGGGCAUAUUUCUGGCCUAUGUGGGUUUGAGUUUUAAUAGCUCCAGCUCUCUCCAGCCGAUGGACUAUCGCAAUGCGCAGCAGGAGAGCCUGCUCUGUUUUCUGUACCGAGCCUGGCAUGAGGGUCAUCCGCGAUCGGGUCAGGCUAAUGCUAGCUGCGUGGCACUGACACCAAGAGGCACUUGGCAAACGCUGAGCUGUGAGCGCGAGCUGCCCUUCAUAUGCGAGAUCUUUACGCCUCCGAGAUCCAACACGAACAGGCAACUGGAUACGGGGGCGAAUGCUGCCGAUGUGUGUGUGAUUUGAGCUUGAAAAUUCCAUUAAUAUUCUUGCUACGAAAAGGAUAAGUCCAAAAGUGAAAAUGAACCUAUCCCGACUUCGAGUUGAACUAAAAUUAUGCAAAAACUAUAUAUAAACAAGGCAUAUUGUAACAUUUAGCUUCAGAAUUGAUUUAAACGUACCACGAAUCCGUACAUAAACCAGCUGCGUAUUUAAACAAACUGAAUUCCACUUAGAAUUAAAAGUAAAAUGUGGCGCACUGAAAAUAGAGGCGGAGCGAGGGUCGAACCGGUAAACCAAACCAUUGCUCACAAAUUAGUUCACAGUUAUUUGCAGCACAGUUAUUCGCAGACAUUUUUAUUAGAAUUGGCCGUCUUCAAAACAAGAAAUGUAUUCAACUAGUAUUGUGUUGUCGUGUGUUGUGUUUUAUAACUCUCCCACUUUACCGAAUGGCAACAAUAAAGUUUUAAUUACAAAGUGUACACUGAAGAGCUUAAACGAGAUGAACCGCUUAGUGGUACUUGUAGUUCCUGUGGUGCUUCAACUUGGAGUAGUUGAUCAAGUAGAAGAACGUCAUGCUGGCGACGGUCAGUUGGAAGAAGGGUGCAAUGCCAGCACGCUUGGGGAACACAUAUUUGUGCUGCCAGCGCCACCAGGCACGGCUAAUGGCUCCAGCAAAUGCGCUUGGAGUCUUGUUGCGGCGUCCAAACCAGGAGCCCAACU